CUUGUUGGUAAACACAUGACAUGCGCAAAGGGAGCCUCAGGGCCUGGGGCGGUCUGGACCAGUAUAAAAGCCAGUCUGAGAGCAGGCUCCCUCAUCCACUUCUCUUGCCUUCUCCUCCUUGCUGAACAAGGUGUCCGUCCGUCCCGCAGCCAUGUCCUGCUACGAUCUGUGCCGUCCCUGUGGCCCAACCCCGCUUGCCAACAGCUGCAACGAGCCCUGCGUCAGGCAGUGCCAGGACUCCCGCGUGGUGAUUCCAGCCCUCUCCCUGUGGUGGUGACCCUGCCCGGCCCCAUCCUCAGCUCCUUCCCCCAGAACACCGCCGUGGGAUCCACCACCUCGGCUGCCUGUUGGCAGCAUCCUGAGUGCAGGAUGGUGUGCCCAUCAACUCCGGGGGCUUUGGCCUCUCUGGCCUUGGUGGCCGCUUCUGUGGCAGGAGGUGCCUGCCCUGCUAGAGCCGACCUGGACGUCCAGCGAGCGCGUCGACCAGCAAGCCCAAAGCCAGGUGCCGGACUGAGGACGGAGCUGCUGGCCAGAGUUUCCAGAGGCACUGAGCCCCCUCGUGCCCUCCAGCAAAGCAGGGAGGGAAGCCAGGUGCCAGCCCGUGCGGUCUGGAAACACGGCCAGCUGAGGUCUUCUGCUUCUCCUGCUUUCUUGUCUGCAUCAUGAGUCCCUGUGUCUCCUGCUGUCCUGUGCCUUGGGUUCAUCCUGAGGGAAGCAGAGAGGGGCCCUGCUCAUCCCCGUCUCCCCGUCUGUGUGUGGGAGGAAGACGCGUGUCCCAGUAGCUGAGAAGGGCUGCCUGAGUGUCGGGUGCCCUUGUAGCAGCCUGGACCGGGUCCCUGCCAGCAUGCACUGCUUGCUUUCUCUCUUUCAACUCAUUAAAGUUUAUGCUGCAUUGUA